AUGCUCCUCAACUGCCUCUAUGACGUUGGCAAUGAUUCGAAACCCGCCGUGAAUAAGGAGAGCCUCAGUCUCCUUGCUGUUCUCUGCGCCAUGUACUCGGAUCCUUGUGCGACCCACUUGACAAAAAUAAUUGCCCACAUUGUGAAGAAGCUCAAGGACUCAGAUUCACCUUUGCCUGCAUUUCAAAAGCUCUGCUCGAGGCUUGGAGGUGGGGAAAUCAAAGGGAGGAAGAAGAAGAAUGGUGAUGUUGAGGUGGAGACUGGGUGUUGGAUUAAGUUGAGAUAUAUUGCUUCUUUUCCUUGGGUAUCUGGACGUAACCCUAUUUCUAGUUGUGCACUAGUGCAUUCUCUUACCAAACAGCUGAACUUUGUUGAAAGCUUGAAAGUCACGUUUGAGCCGUGUCAGAUUCUAGCCGAUCAUGUGAGGGCAUUACUUGAACAGGGAAAUGCACUAGCUUGUGUGGAUCCAAACAUGGGAAAUUACCCGGAAGACGAGGUUUUGCUUGUUCUUAAAUUGGCAUUGGUUUGCACUUCUUAG